CAGUACCAUUUAGUUAUCGCUAGUCGAUAAAGAGGUGUGUAAAGUACAAGUAUGAUCAAAAGUUCAUUCACGCUCCUUCUUCUAUUGAAGGUUGUCUAUGUUUCCCAUGGAAACGCCAUACCUGGAGGAAGAAUAGUCGGUGGUACACCCGCCAACAUAUCUAAUUAUCCUUACCAGGUUUCAAUCCUUCAUAAUCGCAGUCACUCGUGUGGUGGAAGCAUAAUAAGUAAUACUUAUAUUCUUACUGCCGCCCACUGCACUUAUGAAAUCACAGCAAGCCAGUUAUCCAUCAGAGCUGGAUCCUCGUUCCACAACUCAGGAGGCACAGUCGUUGCAGUGUCACAAAUAUACCAGCACACCCAGUUCAAUGCCGACACCUACGACUAUGACAUAUCCGUUCUUAAACUAAAAUCUAGCCUGGCGCUCGGAACAAACAUCGCUACGAUUACCAUGAUAGCCGCCAGCACAGCAAUAAAAAACGGUGAUUUGGCUGUUGCAACAGGUUGGGGUCGAUUGACAAACGAUGGGACCAUUCCCACCCAGCUGCAGACCGUUUCUUUACCUACCAUAACCACAGCUACUUGUACGGGGUACUAUGGGACUGGUGUUGGUGGAAUCACGGAUAGGAUGUUCUGUGCUGGGUAUGCGGAAGGAGGGAAAGAUACCUGUCAGGGAGAUUCUGGUGGUCCCCUGGUCCUAUCCGGCACACUCAUAGGCAUCACUUCCUGGGGAGACGUUUGUGGAGGCGCCAAUAGUCCUGGGGUGUACACAAAAUUAUCCUUAUUUAGAUCUUAUGUCGACGGUAUAAUAAAUUCUUAGUAAUUAUUUAAUA